GGAUUUGUAGCUGUUGAGCGACAUUUGACAGAUUAUUCAGUUCUUACUGGUUCAUCUGAAGCUUUCUGAGUUUACAGCGUUCCCUAUACAGCCAUGAUUUCAGGUCUACCACUGAGAUGGGUUUUACUGUUUCUUUUUCCAAAUCUCAGCCAUCAGACUUCUUCUGGGACAUUUUCAGUGACGGUUCAGUCUCCAGUCUCAGCGCUGCUUGGUUCCUCUGUGUCUCUGCACUGUGCUCUUGCAAAUAACAUGGAUGCUCGACACCUGGAAGUGCACUGGUAUCGUCCCAAAAUGUCUGACACCCCAGCCCUACUCUACAAGAACACACAGAUCCAAAAGAGUCCUGUAGAUGUUCAGUACCAGGGCAGAGUAUCCCUGUCAGGAGAACUGGACAAAGGAGAUGUCUCUCUGAAAAUGGAGAAACUGAUGCUAGCAGAUAGAGGAGACUAUGUGUGUCAUGUGGGCAGUGAGAACUGGUUUGAUGAGGCCACGUUGUCCCUCAGCUUAAGAGCGGUGGGAUCCACUCCUGUUCUCUCCAUAAAUGAAGCAGGAGGAGGGAAAAUGAACGUCAGCUGUCAGUCACAUGGUUGGCUACCUGAGCCGUCAAUCAUCUGGACAGAUAAAGAUGGGAGAGAUCUGAAACAUCUCAGCAAAAACAAGUUCACCAAGAAUUCUGAAGGGGUUGUAGAUGUGACCUCAUGGCUGAUUGUGUCUCCCUCGGAGUCUAUGUGGAUCUCCUGCUCUGUGGGUUUGUCUGAUCAGGAGAGAAAAGACAGCAGAAUAACAUUAUACAUCCCUCUGUGUGUCACAGAGUCGGUGAAUGGAUAUGCCAUUGGGAUUCCCGUUCUUCUGCUGCUGUGUGCCGCCGGAAUUGCAGUGUUUUGCAUGUUACAUAAAAAAGGUCUGAUUCUCUCUAAGAGAAAAAGGACAGAAAAUAGAGGAGAUAAAACAUCAGGAGCUCCGUCAGAAAGAGAGCCUCUGAACAAGAUCCCUGUGGAGAAUCAGGAUCAGAAUGACGCUCCAUUCAUGAAUACAGUUCCUGAUGAUGUGGUUGUAGAUAAAACAUCAGGAGCUCCGUCAGAAAGAGAGCCUCUGAACAAGAUCCCUGUGGAGAAUCAGGAUCAGAAUGACGCUCCAUCCAUGAAUACAGUUCCUGACGAUGUGGUUGGAGAUAUCGAUCAAAAUUCUGAGCAAAAGGCAGAAAUACCAUCAACUUCAACUCCAAAUCUCAGUCAGCAGAAAUCUGAACAGCAGAAUCCUGAGGCAGUGAAAGAAAAACCACAACUUACAGAAUCCAGAGGAGAUCAGAGAGACUCCAGCUCCUUCGCUCCAGUGUGCUCCACUGCUUGUUCAGCCACUGAGGAACCAAAUUCCACUGCCUCCAUCUCAAAUCCCAAACCUGCUGCCACCAUGUCAGACAGCGAACCUUCUACCAUCACCUCAAAUCCUACACCUGUCCAAGAUGCAGUAGACAAUUUAACCAUAAUGUUCACUGGGCUGGAAUCAAAUCCAGAUUUGGAUGAAGUGAAAAAAUUCAAAGUGAACAUCACCAUCAACCCAGAUGAAACUCCAGAGUUUCUAACACAAGACAGAAAUAAAGUAUUCUGCAAUCUUCCAAGGCCAGCCUGGGAUAUUAACAGUUCUGAUGAAGAUGAGAAAGUCUUCACUCUGUGUAACGCGAGGUUCAAUGUCGGUAAACGUUACUGGGAGGUGAAAGUCAGAGAAUCACAUAAAAUAGAGAAACUCUCCUGGUUUGUUGGUGUUGCGAGUGAAGCAGCUGAGAGAGAGUACAAUAUCCCGUUGACUCCACAGAAUAAAUUUUGGGUUCUCAGUUAUGAAGAAGAAAAAGGACUUUAUAUCAGAGAUAAAGCAGAACUGAUUUCACUCCCAGAUGUUCAUAAAGAGCUCACAGCAGUGGGAGUGUUUUUAGACUGUGAUGAACACACACUGUCAUUUUAUAACAUUAAUACAACAUCACACAUCUACACUUUCACUAAUGUGGAACCCAGAAGAAUUUCACUACGUCCCCUGAUCAGCCCUGGAGUCAGAGACAGUUAUCCUGUAUGCAUUCUUUAGAAAAAUAAGGACAAACUGUAGGAAACGUCUGUAAUGUGGUGAUGUGUGAAUUUAUAAUAUUAGCAGUGAUCUAAUCUACAGUAUGUAUUUAUAUAAAGUAUUUCUACACACUGUACAUAACACAUUCAUAACAUCUUACGUCUCUGAACAGUGAAAUGUUUCCUCACAGCUGUAAAUAUUUACCUUUAUUCUGUCUUUACUGUAGUUAGAAAAUACAUUUUUAUUAUGUUUUUUACUGGUAUCACAAAGUGUAGAACUUUAACGUGCACUGCUUUA